CUAAUUAAUAUGCCUGGCUUCCAAUCUUGAAAAUAUAAAGUUAAAUUAAAUACAUUAGAGAGAUGUUGCGCUCUCUAAGAAUUAAUUUAAAAAUCACAAAGCCGGCCUUAAGAUGUUUUUCAUCUGAACAUGAAAAACUAAUAACAGUGGAAACAAAUAACAAGACUGGUAUUGCAACUUUAAGUCUGAAUAGACCUCCUGUAAAUUCUUUAAAUUUAGAAUUGCUACAAACUCUGAAGGAAACUAUAAACAAUCUUGAAGACAACAAAUGUCAGGGUUUAAUUUUAACUGCGAAGGAUAAUGGCGUAUUUACUUCUGGUUUGGAUAUCAACGAAUUGUAUGAAGCGCAGAAAGAAAGACUGGAACAGUUUUAUGCUGCUUUUCAAGAUACCUGGCUGGUAUUGUAUAGCAGUCGUUUACCCACUGCAGCUUUAAUAAAUGGUCAUUCACCAGCCGGUGGUUGUGUGUAUGCCACUUGUUGUGAUUUUAGAGUAAUGCUGUCAAAUUUAACAAUUGGCUUAAAUGAAACUAAACUUGGCCUGGUAGCUCCAAAAUAUGUGACGGCAUCAUUUUGUAAUGCGUUACCAAAUCGUGCAGCCGAAUUGGCUUUAACCCAGGGGAAAAUGUUUACCACUGACGAAGCUUUCAAAGUUGGUUUGAUCGAUGAAUUGGCUACAAGCAAAAAGGAAGGACUAAAUAAAUGUGAACAAUUUUUAGCUUCAUUUAAAGGGGUAAAUUCGAAUGCCAGAGCCUUUACCAAACUACAAUUUCGCAAAUCUGAUAUAGAGGCAUUUCAAAAAGAAAGGAAUGCAGAUCUGAAUGUUUUUGUGUCUCGUGUUUUGGAACCCAAAUUUCAACAGCAGCUGGGCAAAUAUAUUGAAAACUUAAGAAAUAAAAAUAAAUAAAAUGCAAUAAUUUAUUAUUUAAAUCCAA